CACAACGCAAUCUUCCCCAAGACACCUUUCAUCGAAAGACAGCUUGGAUCCAAGGACCACGACCAGCCCAUCAUCGGAGAGACUGGACGAAUGCUCAUUAAUCCAAAAUCUCCAGUAAAGAAACCCGAUCUUUCAACUGUCAAACCAUGGUUCGCUACAUCUUCAACCCAACUGGCCGAAGGGCAACCCCAGCCAGAAACAAGACUUUCAAGUUUAGUGCAAAGCUCUUCGUGCCGGAGCAUACACGUGAUGGAAGUGGCAAGUCCUUGGAUGAACUAUACAGCAUCGACUUCGAAAACGAUGUGAUCGAGGAAGGUAGUAAGAGCGUCAUCUAUCGUUGUGUCCACAAAGAGUCAGGUGAAGAACGAGCCGUCAAAAUUGUGGCCAAGUCCUCUUCGAAUGAGGAUGAAAAUGCUCGUAUCCGCCAAGAGAUUGAGUUGCUCAAGAAGAUGGACCACCCCAACAUUGUCCGUGUCUUCUCCACCUUUGAAGACAACAAACACUUCUGCAUAGUCAUGGAAUACUGCAAAUGUGGAGAACUACGCCAUCAGAUCAUCGGAGGAACUAGCUUGUCUGAGUUCUAUGUUGCUGUCAUGAUCAAGACAAUUCUCAGUACAAUCAACUAUUGCUACCAGAAACACCAGGUUGUCCAUUUGGGGUUGAAGCCCGAAAAUAUUCUGCUCGACUCCACAGUCAGUGUCGAACAGCUCAAACUCAUUGAUUUUGGCAACUCUAUCCAGGCCCCGACUGCCACAAAAGCAGAACGGUUGAUCGGAUCCGCCGCCUAUUUGGCCCCUGAAUCACUCCAGUACCACAGUUACAGUCACAAAACCGAUAUCUGGGCGAUUGGCUGUGUCGCCUUCUUGGCACUCUCUGGACACAUGCCAUUUGAUGCUGCCAAUGACAAGGAAACUCUUGAGUUGAUCAUUAAUAGCAAGAAUGAAGUCGAACGAAAAGAAAUCUUUCAAGGGGACAAAUGGGCGUUGGUAUCCGAUGAUGCAAUUGAUUUCUUGUCCAAGAUGCUGUCCUUUGAACCCUUCAAACGACCUUCAGCAAAAGAAGCACUCCAACAUCCCUGGAUUCAACGAGUGACGCAAGCACAAAUCGAAGUUGUCCAGAAGCGCGACAUCAGCUUGGCCAAGUCAGCCAUCGACAAUCUAUUUUCUCUCCAGGCACCCUCCAAGCUGCAGCAAGCAGCACUCACGUACAUUGCCUCGCAGUGUUUGUCCAAGUUUGACAAAUCUGAAAUGGAACGCAUCUACCAGGCCUUGGAUUUGAAUGGGCUGGGCAAGCUGUCCAAGGAGGAUGUUCAAAAGGCUCAUGCGAAGUACAUGGAAGAUGAAGCCGACAUCAAAAAGUUGACCAAGGGGGAAUUAAAGGAACUCUUUGCACAAGUUGACUUCUUGGGAAAUGGAUUCAUUGAGUAUAGUGAAUUUUUGGUGGGUGCUCUUCCAGUGGACCGACUCUUGACAGAAGAAAACAUGCUCAAAGCAUUCCAACAUUUCGAUCAUGACAAGGACGGUGAAAUCUCCGCCGAAGAUCUGAAGCACGUUCUGGGAGCGUUGCUUCCCAAGGCGGACACGACGUCAUUGAACCUGGACAAGUACAUUCACGAAAAGGUUCUCCGACAGGUGGAGACUGGCGCGGAAGGCACCAUUACCUACGAUGUGUUCGUCGAUUUGCUACUAGAAAGCAAAAGUGGACCCGGCCGGAAUCCCCAUCGACGCCAGAGCGCUCAAUUCACCUCGGAAGAGUUCCGCAUGGCAAAUGCUGUCGAUCGAAUGUCCAUUUCAGGAAAUGUCUUUGAUCAGAGUCGUUUUGUCUUUGAACGAAAUUUGAAAGUUUGAAGCGAUCAAUGAGUUGAGCGAGACACUUCCGAACUCUAGCUGGAUGCAAGAUCUGAUCAACCAACUACAUGUACCCGUAACUUGACCUACUAUAACAGAAUCCAUUUGCACUUUG